AUGGAUGAGCUAAUUGAUGUUACCAUUACUGAACCUAUUCUGGCUGAGAAGAAGUUGUUGAUGGAGAAACUACAAUCUUUACUCUCUCAAGAGGAAACAUUUUGGAAACAACUGUCCAAAGUCACCUGGCUAAAAGAAGGUGACCAAAACAUCGGUUACUUUCAUAGGAAGGCAGCUAACAGGAGGAAGAAGAAUACUCUGAAUGGGUUGUUUGAUGAAACCGGAGAAUGCUGUGAGGAUGACGAAGGCAUGGAGCGGGUUAUAACCUCCUAUUUUUCUUCUAUGUUCACUGCUUCCGAUAUUGAUUUGGAGGUGAUGCAUACAAUACUGGAAGCUAUCCAAACGUGUGUGACUCAGGACAUGAAUGAACGGCUGUGUGCGGAAUACUCUUUGGAUGAACAUUACUGGGAUGCCAUUGGGGAAGAUGUCGCUGAAGCAGUUCUGAGCUUUUUACAGUCAGAACGCAAUUGUCGUGUUUGGGAUGACAAGGCUAGCUCAGUUAAUGAUGUGUUGAUCAGGACAGUUUCUAGGCUACAAGAUUUCAGGUGUCAUGCAAUGAAAUCGAGUAGAACUGGCACUAGAGGAGUAAGGGUGACCCGUUGGGUAGCUCCUCCAAUAGGUUGGUUUAAGAUUAAUGUUGAUGGCUCUUUUCACCAUGCUACGAAGACAGGAAGUGGAGGUUUUGUUAUAUGGAAUUGGCAGGGUACUAUGCUUGCCGGUGGUGGGAAGCCAUUGGUUGGUUUGAUCUCUCCAGAGCAUGCAGAAGUAGAACCUUGUAAGCAGGCUGUGAAGUUUGCGGUUGAACAGGCUUUUAUGCCUGCCAUGAUUGAAACUGAUUCACUUUUAGUGCAGCAAUAG